AUGAUCCAUAUUACUUGUAUAGCACAUGGAUUACAUAAAUUAGCAGAAAAUAUUCGGAGUCAUUUUCCUAGAGUUGAUAAAUUAGUAGCAAAAGGAAAGCAAGUAUUUUUAAAAGCACCUUCGCCAAGUCCGAGAUGUUAUACAACAUUUGAUUCUAACGAUGCUGUAUCUAUAAAAGAAUCUCAAACCCUUCUAAAUAAAAUUUCAAUGGAAUCAAAUUUGACUUUUAUACAUUUAAAUUAUGGGUUUUUACUAUCAACCAUAACUAAAUUAGAAUCACAAGGAGUAUCAUUAACUGAUUCAGUAUCAACAGUAAUGUUCACAAAAAAUAAAUUGGAAGAAGUUGCAGGUGACGUUGGAAUGAAAGUAAAUACAAAAUUUAACCAAGUUUUAGCAGUACGGUUUCUUUUAGAAAAAAAUGAUGGGUUUGCAAUAAUAUUAAACAUUUUAAAAAUUUUGAAUGGAAAAAGUUCAUCAAUGAAUGGUUUACCAGAAGACCUAACAAGAAAUGAUUUAACAUUUUAUAAAUAUGCACCAGUAACAUCAACAGACAUCGAAAGAAGUUUUUCUCGGUACAAAACCAUACUGGCUGACAAUCGGCGAUCAUUCGACGUAGAAAAUAUUAAAAAAAACAUUAGUUGUGCAAUGCAAUAAUUUAUCAGGAUAAAUCCAAAAUUCGAGAUUGAAGAAAACUAUACUAACAAUCGGCGAUCAUUUGACGUAAG